AUGUCUUUCCUUCAUGGUGUUCUGGAGAGUGUGAAAGAUGAUGAUAACGUUACAACUUAUGAUAAUAAUAUGUCUACUGAGCCUAAAUUAGGUACGGGGCCGGAAGACUUCGAGAAGGCAUUAGCCGAUGUGAGCUGGUGGACUGCUAGGUAUCGUGGUGAAUCGGACACAAGAACUCAAGGCUUGAAGAUCAAAUUAGGUGAGUUAAUGCGUGAUAAAAUAGAUUAUGAGGGCAUGAAAUCUCUUUCAGGUAACGUGACCAAGAGACUUCAAGACCAGCUGCAGGGAUGGAAGGAGACUCUCACUUUGAUUAGCACAGAAAUAACUAACAUCACGAAUACUAAUGUUAGCACAUUAGAUAGCGCACUUCAGAAUAAAAUUAAUGUAGAAAUAGAGCCGAUAAAAUCAGCGGUUAGCCUGUUGCUUGAGUCUGCUCAGAAUAAGGUCUUCGUGACCCAGGUCAAAAAUGUUGAUGAGGUGUUGGUGAAGCAGGAGGAGGCUGUGAGGUGGACAAUGGUGGAUGCAUUUGAGAAGAUUCGUGCCAGUGUUACAUCAUUGGAAAACAGUAAAAAUGAUCAUAUUAAAUGUUUUAAGGACUGCCUAAAGGAGGCUCAGGGUUUUUUGGACAAUGAUUUCGAGACAAUUUAUAAAGGCAAUAUUUGGGUUCAUUUCGAUGGAAUCAAACAUACAAUUAAUGAAGUUUAUGAAAACAUAGCCGCAAAAUACGGUGAGAUUACUGCGGCAAUCACCACCGCUCAGGGGCACUUUAAGGAGAUUCAAACGGAGGUUCAGGGAACCGGUGAUAAAUCUAAAGAAGGUUUAUCAAAAGAUUGGUUCGCACUUACACAGGAUAUUCAAAAUAUUGUUAACGAUGUUGCGAAAAUGAAAGGACAAUCAAGUCUGAAAGAUAUUGUAGAGAGGAUUAAGGAUUACGCCAAGGGUUUUAGCGAUGGGAAUUUCGAGAGCGUCUUGGGCAAAUGGAUCGGGGAUAUUUUGGAGAAGGAGGAGAGUGCUGUGAAUAGUAAAAUAUAUGAUUAUGUCAGACAGAACCAUAACAAGGGUAAGCUGGAUGCUAUUAAAGGUGCAAAUAAACUCAAGGCCAAGGAGGUGGAGAGAGUCAUCAUAGCUCAACUUCCAGGGCCGAUUAAUACCGAUAUUAAAGCAGCUGCUGUGACGCACCUUAGUGGUGUUACUGUGGAAAACAUUGCUGAGAAGCUUCAGCAAUUCGCCGCGGAGAUUGGAAACAAACUUAUGGGCCGUGAUUCUUCAAUUGGGACGGCAGUCCAGAAGAUUGGUGAACAGUUAGAGAUGACAGGAGUAAAUCCACUAACACCGCUCUCAGAAGACACUCAUCUUAAACCCGCCGUUCAGGCUAUCGCCAAAUCCCUUGCCGACAGAUUCAAGCAAUAUGCUGCCGAGUUAAAGUCUUUCAUCGACAAGUCCAAACUCAGCACAAACCUAACGCAGGCCAUCGAGAAGGUCAACGAAAUCGGCACGAAAAUUAGUACCGGCGAGCAUGCAAACGGUGCUGGUAAAAAAAUUAAUGAAGCCUUGAAAACCGUUGGUGUACAAAUUACGAAGCUAGAAAAAAUAUUGAAAGAUCAAACCAGUACGCUUCCGAUGGCUGUCGAAAAACUGAAAGACGAGGUUCUUAAUGAGAUUGAAAGGAUUCAGAAGAGAAAUGGAGUCAUUGACGCUCAUAAAAAUGGAGCAGAGAAGGUGAUGAUCAAUUUGAAAAAUGAGAUUUCAGCCAAACUUAAUUACAUGGAGUUAUGUGUCAGCACAGCCAAUACAGCGUUGGAUGACGCUAUCACACACCUCCGGACCACGCUAAAUGACGCUCAUGAAAAUACCAAAAAAGCCGUUGAUGACGCAUUCCACAUCGUUACCAAUCAUGUCAGGCUAUUGUUCACCGAGCAGAAGAAAGCGGACCUAAAUGCCGUAGGGACGCUAGUCGAAAGACAGUUGAGAGAGAUCACCCAUAUCAUCGAAACUGAUAGAGUGACAGGUGCAAAAGGCUUCCUGGCGAAAAUGAAAGAUGAUUUCAUCGAUCCACUCAUUAAGUUUUUAAACACGUCACCUCCAGAAAAAAAGAAACUCGCCGACUUGGCCAAAAAACUCCGCGAAUAUUUCGCGACAUUCUUCACAGACCUGCAAAAGCAAACAGACUUCCGCUUCGACUACCAGAAUGUGGAGACUUUCAAAAGCGCUCUAACCAAAUUGCUAAAGCAGCUUGGACAGUCUGAGCACUUCGACCAUAAUUUCAGCGACAACCUAAAUGCACUUCAAACUACGCUUCACCAAACGGUUCCUCACAAAUUCGGCGAAGCCUCUACAACGUUGCUGCAAAGCCUCAAGGACGGAAUUGUUGCACUCGCAGAUCAACUGGAAAAGGCCUACGUUAACAAGUAUUCCGGCGAAGACUGGAAAAAGAAUCACGCUGACAAGUACGCAAAAAUCAUGCUUACCUCGACGUCAACGCUUUAUGAGGAACUGUAUCACUUGUUCUACAGUUGCCACAAAGACUGGAGCCAACUGACGAUUGACGGCAGCGAGAAAGUUCCGAAGAAUAAAGGAGACUUUGGAAAAUAUUUGGAGAGUCAAGGCUACCAGGCUGCAUCCCUCAUUAACAAAAAUCACACAGGGCAGGAAGUCGCCGAGAAGCUGAAGACGGCGUUUUCAAAUUACGAUGAUUUCGACACCCCUUCAGAUCUCAGGUAUUCUGACGUCGGUACAUACCUUAAUUCUAUUAGGCGAGAAUGGGGACCGAUGUCCCUGCUCUACCGUCACUUAGCCACUUACUACAGUGUCUGUCAGAUUAGAAUCCCUACUGCCCCUAAAUCUCCAUGCACCAUUCGUGACAUGCUUGGUUGGAUGUGCGGUCUGCCGUACACUGCAGUCUAUCAUAGCAUUAAGAGACAUUGUAACACAAUGCUCAACGAGAAAAUAAAUGGCACAGAUAAAUACCCGAAUAAGGAGGAUCCUGUUCUUAGACCAAUCCUUGAAACCGGUAUUGUUAAAUACAUAGCGCACACCUGUCAAUACUCUUACGAAACCCUCACUACCAUCUGCGGUAACGGCCGCGGUUCCCCAACUGCCGACUAUCCUUACGCCUCUAAUUUCUGCGAUAAUUCACGUAACUUUUACUAUCCUCAAAGAGCCUCUGAGUUGUUAGAUAUGUUAAAAGCAAUGUGUACGUGUUUGUUGCGUGCUCUAUAUUUUAUGUAUUCCCAAUGCAAAUACACCGUAGCCGAAGGUAACGGUUGGCGUGACUGUCAAUACGGCGGCAACGUGUCCGGUUACCAGUGGGACUGCAAGAAGUCAGUCGACAAACCUAUGUGCCAAGAAAACACCGAACCAAAGUGCCAGGCAAAGUGCCAACCAAAUGACCAAACAACAUGUUAUCCAAAAUCACCUCUACAGGCCCAUUUAAUGGACGGAUUACCAGGCCACUUGCCUCACAAACUAUCCUCCAUUGGCUGCACAUCUAAGUGUUCGACAUGUCCUAAGCAGUCACCUGGCAUGGUAUGUUUGACGCCUAUGGGCUUUUGGGACCUGACUCAUGCCGGAUCCAAAAAGGGCACGGGCAAAGAUAUAUGCAACGUGCUUUUCGAUUUUUGCGGUAAUGCAGACUCGCCGUUGCCUACGCUGCUUAACUAUUUGAUGCAAGUAUCACCGAUGCCGCCUAAAUCUCUGGCAGAUCAAUUCUCAUUCUUCACCAAUAUCUUCAGACAGUGGUCAUCUGGCAGGUUUUCUACCAGCGACAGAUUGGUGAACCAUAUGAAUACGAAAACAAUUCCUGCAAUUUCCAUGAGGUUAUAUGCCGAUGAAGCCACAAAUUUCACUAACCAAUUAAAAUCAUUAUCUGGUCCAACGUCUAACCACAAGGGAAAGGCGUCAGAUGAUACACAACACUGUGACUUAUAUUGCCUCUCUACGCACACCGAAGUCGCUUCACAGAUAAAGUGUAAUGAAGUCAAUUCCCAGUGCGCUCCCUAUCUCAAACCUCUCUGUGCUGAUGCCUAUCACACAUAUGCUACAAAGCACGCAAACCUUUAUCUGUCAUGGCUUACAUAUUUGCCCUUCGAUUUCUACAAUCUUCUAAAAUCACUGUUUGAGGCCUUCUGCAAUAUCGAUUGCAAAUCCGGCCUCGAAAAUUUUCUCGGCUACGAGAAGGGUAAUUACACCGGAGAGGGAAUCGUGUACUCGGACCUUGACAGGCUCUGCGACGGGGUGAUGUCUUUCCUUCAUGGUGUUUUACAUAACAUUCAGCCUAAAUUAGGCUUACAUAGUAGUAAAAUAAAUAAUGCAAUUGAGUCUCUUAAGCUUCAUAAACACUCUGGUAAAGAUGGUUUUAAUGCUGCGAUUGGCGAAGUGGUCACGGGGGUGAGGCAGUAUAAUGAGGGUGUGAAGGCGUCGAAUGAGAGUGUUAGUGAGCCCAUCAAGAAGCUACUCGAUUACGUCAAGAUUGAAAAGGGUAAGCUAAUUAGAGAUCUUCAUAACAUUCAGGUUGAGAGGAUUGCUGAAGACAAGGAAGCUACGCAGCUUGAGAAUAUGUGCAGCGCCGUGAAGCAGUGUCUCGAGGAAUGUCAGCUGAAAGCUGAGACGUUUUCACAGUCACUUCAUAGCCAAACAGAGAACAUUAAAGACUUAAAUCCUAAUUUGCAGAUGAAAAUUGAGAAUGUUCGUAAAAACGUAAAACAUGAACGUGACAGGCUUGCAAAGUUGUCAGAACAGGAGAAAGAGGAGUUGGAGGCUACGAAAGCGAAAAUUAAGGAGGUAAUUGGCGUUCUUAAAUGUAACGUAGAUAGCAAGAUAGGUGAGCAGGUGAGGGAAUUAAUUCAAAAGUUGAGGGUGAGAGUUGAGGCGAUUAAAAAACAGCUGGAGGAUGUUGAGAGGAAGCUGUUCAAACAACUGGAGACUUUGCAGGCGUGGAUUCAAGAUGUCAACAAAAUUGUGCAGCAAGCCAUAAAUAAGGUUGAUUUAAUAUUGGAGGAAAUUGACAGCCCUAAUAAACAGGGUAAUAAGAAAGCUGUGGAGGAUGCGGCCGAGAAGAUUCAGGAAGAGGUGCCAAAAUUGUAUAAGCAAUUUGAUGACCUGAAUGCGAAAUAUGAUAAGGCGUAUAAGUUCCUGAUGGGAGAGAAUGGAACUGGAACAACCGAUGGCCGAAUGAAGGAGCUUAGUACGCUUUAUGAGAAAGCAACGGAAGAUGUACCUAAAGAAAUUAACAACUUCAGGAACGGCAAUGAUUGGAAUGUCAGUCGUAAGAUGGGUAAGCUUAUGGUUCAAAUUCAACAGAACGUUAAGGGAUAUGUUGGAACCCUGGCAGGGGAGCUGAAAGAUGCGUUGAAUAACGGUAUAGCGGCGGCUUGGAAUGGAAACGGAGUUUAUAAUGCGGAAUAUCCGGGUCUUAAAUAUUUGCAAGGCACACGUCUAGGACAGUUGCAGAGCGUCUCAGGGGCGCUCGAAGUGGCCAUCAUAGACAAAACACUAGGAGGCCUUGGCGAAAACCUAGAAAAGGCAUUGAACGGUCUUCACCACGCGAAAACACAUUGGGUUAAAAUUUCAACCCACAUCGCCAAAAUGAUUUUCGAUGGGCUCGGGGAGGAGCUCGGCAAAAAUGUCACCGACGCCGCCUUCAACAAGGAACUCCUCACACUUCUUCAAGAUACAGCCGAAAAAGGUAUAAAUAAACUUCAGGGGAAAAUUAAUGAAAUUGUCAAUAGUAUACAAUCUAAUGUUAACAAUAAUGUUAGUAUGUUUGUUGACGCUGCCAACCAGGCCCAAACAACGCUUUUCAAUGAAGCAUCCACAGUCACCUCCAAACUCGCAUCCUUAUGCUAUGAUCUCAAGAACCUUACGGACGAGAAAACCGGGCUGAAGCAAAUAUUAAGCGAAAUGAGAGAUAAAUAUUUCGCUGAAUACAAGAAAGGCAUGAUAGAUGCUGAUAAAAGCAUAAACAACAUCCACAACGAACUCAGCAAUGUGCGUACCGAACUGGUCAACAAGCCCAUGCACGCCGUCGGAGAGCUUCUGAAAUACAUCACCACAGCCGAACGACAAACCAUCCGUAUCCUUAAACAAGACGUUGAAACUGAGUGUAAGAGCGCUGAAGAGAAACUGAUACACCACGCGCAAAAGCAGUACGUUAAUUCCCUCAAAGCGUUGCUCACCGCAUUCUCCGACAAACUGGGAAAGGAUUUGCAUGGUCUGCCGAGAGAAAUUGCCGGUGAUUUGGAGAUUGGUCAUAAGGGCUUCAUGGCCAAAUUUGAAGAACAUUUCAUCAAAUAUGAGAAGUCAAUUGAGUCCAUCAAAAGCAUUAAGAUUACUCACGCUCCCGGAGAAAAAUCUCCGCUCAGCCAGGCGGCAAUAAAGCUAGCCACCGCCUUCAGACGCUUCUUGCAACACCUGCAGAAACAGCCAGACUUCACCUCGGACAUCACGAAAAUCAAUCCCGUGCACGGAGUGUUGACCAAAUUGCUUACCGACCUAAACACAUCUAAUCACUUCGACCAUGAAUUUACAAAAAAUUUACAUGAACUCCACAGUGCUGUCGCCGCUUUCAAGCCCUCCACGUACGGCGAAGCCAAGAGCCCUUUGCUACUCAACGCUCUGCGAAAUGGCUUCUCGGAUUUGGUCGAACAACUUAAGAAUGCCUACGUAUCCGUAUACGAUGACGCCAAAAUUGACUGGACCCAGGACACUAAUCCCGAAAAGGGGAUGUGCGCCAAAGCCUGCCUCAGCAUUGUGCCCACAUUAUUUACCGCUUUAACGGAUCUCAAGAGUGGGCUUGAGAAGAAGAAUGGUAAGCGGAAGACUUAUACCAUAUAUAACGUCAAGAACCCUAAUCACAGCUUACAUAGCCGGUUCCUCCGUGAAAACGGGUAUGACUCUGAUCUCCCUGACGACGCCGAAUAUGGCGAAUUGAAUCACAAGGCAGACAUCAGGGGUGAACAUAUUUAUAAUAAUCUUACGAACGUUAAACAUAAAUUAUUCACUUCCAGCGAUGCUCCCAGCGCCUCCGUUUCCCGUAGUGUAUCUUCUGAUGAGCCAACCUUCGAAUUCACCGAGGAGAACGGCGUGUUGUCUCAGCUUCAUAACUACCUUAAGAAAUACUUUAAUGUUUGUCACACCACUCACAUUGACAAACCCAGAACCCCGUGUAAUAUUUAUGAGAUGUUGUUAUGGUGUUCCGGUUUGCAGUUUAAUCGUGUAUACAAAAAUCUUCGUGAACAUUGUGAAUCGUUGUUUGAGAAAAAGCCGGAUGAACGCCAUCCUGAUAUAAAAAUUGGAGUGCCCAUUCCAGCCUAUCCUAAAUACAUUUCUCGUGACAACGUUGAUGACGCCAUUUACCAUAUAACGUCGCGCUCUUACCAACUGCUGACUGCCGUACUAGGUACAGGCGAUGCAGAGUGCAAGUAUGCAUCUGACUUUUGUACCAACUUCCUCAGAUUACAAUAUCCCUCCAGAGGUGAGGACUGUUUGCAUACACUCCUCGACAUCCUGCGUAGACUGUUCCCAGCUCUCCAGUUCCUACAGAGCAAGUGCAGUCAGCCAGCAAUAGACUUUGGUUGGGGCGAUUGCCUGUACGGUAAAGAAAUCCCUUCGGCCAAACAGCCGUGUAACGAACAUCCAACUGACCAAUCAACGUGCGAAUCAAAGUGCCAACCUACGUGCCAACCUACGUGCCAACCAAAUUGUCAACCAACGUGUCAGCCAACUUCACCUUUAAUGUCUUACUUAAAUGACUGCUUACCGGGCCAUUUGCCUCACCAAUUGCAAUCGGUGGGAUGUAAAUCUAUAUGUUCGACGUGUCCCAAGAGCGGACCUGGUGUACCAUGUAUGACGCCGCUAGGCUUCAGGGCAUUCUCAGGCAGUGUCAAAACCGGCCGUGACAUCUGCGAUAUCAUUAGAGAAUUCCUAGGUCACGAAUACAUUCCAGCCCUAUUUAGCCUUGUUCCUAAGCCGCCGUUCACUCUCCCUGAGCACUUCAGUUUCACGCUGUCUUUAGUUCGGGGCUGGCAUAGAACCAAAAGCCUGAUCAAGCAGUCAGUUGAAUCAUCAAUCAACGACCUGUCCAUCGCACUAUGUGAAGAGCCAAGCAACCUUACGGAUGCGCUCACUGACGCAUACGGCGCCGACUGCAACAAAUGCGAGCAUGCUCACGUUACUAAUCUUACAUCCUCAGGUUACUGUGGUAUUAGAGGUAAAGACGUUGCCUGCGCCCCUUACCUAUCGUCACUCUCCUCGGCUGUAUAUCGCUUCAUGGCGGAGAAACACGGCAAGUUGUAUCUGUCGUGGGCAAUUUACCUUCCUUGGGCAUUCCACAAUUAUUUGUGUGAAUUACUCGAAGCCUUCACUGCCAUAUUCUGCGAGGACUGGGGAUGCCGCUCGUGCUUACAAAGCGCCUAUUGUAGGCGCGGCAAGCAUGGACUCAGCGAAAAGAAGGAUGGUGAAGAUGCAAAGCCUCAUUGCCAAUGCACUUCCAUUGCGAAAUGUAACGGAGUCACGCCAACCUUUUACCACUAUGGAUUUAUCAUCCCUGAUGCAUGGACGUUACAUGAAGAGGGCACAAGAAAAACAUGCUCCAAUUUCUAUGACGACUUAAAGAAUGUUGUCGAAUCAGAAUAUUUCACAAAUCUGUUCGAAGCCCCUCUGGUCGCUGUCGCUCCUGUACCUGCUGCACAUCGCCGUCGUCCGCCUCGACGUCCUGAGGAUACGCUCCCACCUGCGAUCGCCCUCAAGCCACCGCAUCGCCGCCCAGUCCCUCCUCGCCGCCGCACGCGUCAAGGCACUCGCCAACAGGAUGCUAGAAAAGGAGCCUUGGAGGAUAUUGAGGAGAGGCAGAAGACACUUAAGGAGCUUAAAGAAAAACUUGAAGCUUUUAUUGGUAAUAAAGAAUCCCCGGACAAUCCUGCAACAGAUAUUCUUAAAAAUCUCACUGACGGUUUAGAAAAAAUUCUCGGUUUCAAUUCAACUUCCAAAGGCUACGAUGGCACUGGCAUCGUGUACUCCGACCUUGACAGGCUCUGCGACGGGGUGAUGUCUUUCCUUCAUGGAGUUCUUGAGACUGUGAAGGAUGAUGAAAGUGUUAAAACAUACAAUAAAUAUAUUACUCCAGACACUAAUCAACUUGAAAAUGUUCUUCAACUUCUUACUUCUUCAAUUGGCACCGGGCGUGAUGGCCUUUCGAAGUCUGUCAAGCAGGUGAGGGAGUGGUUGGGGAAAUAUAAUGAGGAAGUUGAUAGCAAGACAAGAGGAGUGACCGAUGGAUUAUCUACACUUAUAGGUAAGUUACAUGAUGGGUCUAAUGUUGUUGCAGGUGAUUACUACAAUCAAGUCAAGGAUCAAGAAGGCGCCACGCUUCAAGUGCAGUUAACCAGGUGGACUGAGACCGUCGAGAAGAUACAACAAGAAGUUCAACGCAUAGACACAACGCACGUUAAGCCACUUGAUAACUCACUUAAAUCACAGAUAACGCACGAAAUUAAUGUGAUUCAUAAGUCGGUGAACAUGUUACAUGACAGUGCUGUAGUGCCGGGGUUGAGAGAGCAGGUGGAGAAGGUGGAGGAAACCCUUAAAGAGCAGAAAGAGGCGUUGCAAGAGAGGAUCGCGGAGAACAGCGAGACGGUCCAUUCAAUUUUGAAGGAUCAAGAACAAGUUCUUCAUGAUAAAAUUACGGGCGAUUUACCAGCGCUACAAAAUGUGUUGAAAGAGGACCUUGACAACAUUGGUAAGAAAAUAAAUAUGCUGAGAGAUAACAAAGUGCAACACUUUGCGCACAUAAGGAAUGCUACUAAUAUAGCCAGGCAACAUGUAGAAAUGCUGGAACGAGAUUAUAGGAUGAGCCUUCAAAACCACUUGAACGAUAUAAGCAGUAAAUUAAUUGAAUUGGACCCUGCGAAUGAGGCCGUCGGUGGCGAUGGGACUGAGAAUUCCCAAUUCAAGAAAGAAGUUGAAGCACUGAAGUCUAUCGUUCGAGACAUUGAUAACGGGCUGCAAAAAAAGAGUAGAGAAAUGGUAAGUUGGAAAGAAGCGGCUGGGGGAAUUCUUAUCAAAGCGCAGCAAAAAUGUAACGAGAUCCUUCAGAGAGUCGAUAAAAAGAAAGGGGGGAGCGUAGUGGACAUUAAAGAUAAUGCUGAAAAGUUGCAACAAAAGGCUGCGAGACUUCUGGCGGCCUAUGACGAAUCGUUUAAAACAAUAAAGGAGCUAGCUGGUAGCACUCUUCCUGCUGCCGUUACGGAAUUGCAAAAAGUAUAUAACGAAAAAUUGAAAGAGGUAAAUUCAGGCGUGAGUGCAGCGGUGACGCAGGCUUUGGAAAAAUUUUCAGAGUUGGACGGUAAGAUUAUUGCGGGGUUGAAGGAAUUGCAGCCUAAAAUAGCCGAGCCUAUUAAACAGUAUUUUACUACGGUGGAAGAGGCAGUGCAAGCUGCUACAGCUAAGAAGCCACCGAAGGGUGCUCAGUAUUUUAUUGAGAAUAUUAGUGGCAGCAGUAUGAAAAAUGCUACAGAUCUGCACAAAUGGUUACAAGGGGCUAAGGGUGAUAUAAAUGUCGCAUUGAACAGUUUUUUCUUCGGUAUGUUUGAGCAAGGUGUCAAGAGCCUUUAUAGUCUUAGAAAAGAUGAGUCAGGUAAGACUACCGGAACUAAAAACGUUUUCGAUAUAAUCAAAGACGAGAUGAUGAAGAAGGUUACGGAGACGAUGACGGAGUAUGUGAACAAAGGCCAACUGAGACAGAAACUGACGCAAUAUAGGGAUUUUGUAGAAAACACUGGCAGCGCUAGUGGUAACUUCUAUAAAGAGAUCGAGGAAAUUAAAAAACAUGUGGCAUACAUGAGAACAAGCGGUACUAGUGGCAUAGAAGUCGAUCCAUCGAAAAUCCCGGAUUUAAUAACCGCAUCACAACCAAUCGGCAGCGCCAACCCAGGUGCCCAACCUAGGUACGAAGGUACCCUCAGGCAAAUUCAAACAGAAGCACUGUCGGCCUUUACGAAGAAGGAUUACGGCCCCAUUGAAAUAAGCGGCAACGUCGAAAGUGAAAUGAAGUCAGUUGCUCAGCAAUUCGGCGCUAUUGAACGUCAGCUUAAUGAAUUAACCAAGUGUGUUAGUGGCGGGUCCUUUGCAGAUGGAGGCGAAAAGGGUGUUCGAACACUGCUUGGAGAUUUACAACAGUUGCUUGGUACAAACGGUUUGCAUCAGGCCAAAAAAGGUUUUGAGAGUCUAAAGAAGGAGUUUGAAUCUUUGCAAGCAACCAAUGUUCAAGAUGCGAAUCGGGCCAUUGAAGAAAUUCAAAAGAAAUUUGUUGAGCUUCAGAAGAUUCCCGGAGAAGUAAAAGCGUUGCGCAAGAAAACUCAGGAGUUAAUGGAUAGAUUGAGAGAUGAAGUGAAGAACAAUUUCGACUACAUCGCCGCUUCUGUGGAUACUGCAGAGAAUGCACUAUCUACUGCCAUCCAAGACCUUCAAAAUACAUUAUCCGUUGCCUAUCAGGAAGCGAUUUCCGCUGUUGACACACUCAAUGAUGACCUCAACGAUUCAGUACAAGAAGCUUUCGCUACUUCCCACCAAGCCGUCGACCAGCUCAGCGCAAACCUCAUCGACGCCGUCAACUUGGCAUUCUACAAGGUCACCAACGCAGUCCAGAAAAUGUUUGUGGAACAACACACGGCGGACCUGACAGCUCUACACAAUUUAGUAAAGAAUCAGAAAAACAUCAUUGAUGGCAUUAUUCAACAUGAUUUAUCCACCGGUGUCAAAGGUUUGCUUGGCGUUAUGCAGACGCAGCAUGAAACGCUGUUACCGAUUCCCGAUUCAAGUGAAUUGAAGGACGCCGUAGGGAACUUAAAGAACUAUUGGGAUCCGAUUGUGAAAUAUAUUCACCGACAACAUAGGCCUGGUGCAGGGUCUGGACGUGCUGGGCGUUCUCAGCCCAAAUCCCCGGACGAUGACCCACAGAUCAGUAGCGUUUAUUCAUUUUAUUCCACCAUCAAUAGUUUUUUGCAGUCAGUAGCAAUAUUAAAUUGCUACAAUCAUGCUCUAAUUAGUAAAAUUCAUGACGCUGAUUCUGCCAUUGAAAAAUUCCACCCUUCGAAAUUUUCGUCGAAAUCUUCCAAUCCACUGCUUGACAUAAUAAAGUCAGGCUUCGGCGGGUUUGUGGAUCAUCUAAAAAAAGCUUACGUCUCCACUUAUUCUGCAGCGACGGAUAAAUUCAACAUGGCAGCUGACGGUAAUUCAGAGAAAUGUGGUAAAGUAUGUCUCACGCUUGUCGGCAUUCUCUACCGCGAUUUGCUAACACUUUAUGAGAAGUGUAAAGACGAUGGUAAAACUGGUUGGAAUAAGAAACAAAUCAACGUGAAGGUCACUCAGAACAUUGUGAAUCCCCUCGGUGAAUUUUUCGACCGCCGUGGUUUCAAAGUUGCCACACGGCUAACAACACAGGACGGUGAAUUGCGGAAUAAACCAGAUGUGAAUGGUGAGAAAAUCAAACAACUUAUUGAGCGCGAUCAUAACAUUUUCAAAACACUAUUGACAUAUGAUGAUAAGGAUGGUGACGAGAGCCCCCUAUAUAAACUCUACAAAUAUACGCAUGACUAUUCUAAGGUCUGUCACCUAGAACAUAUUUCGUCACCGAAGCCACCGUCUAAUAUAUAUCAAAUGCUCAUGUGGUCUUGUGGCCUACAGUAUAAUCCUGUGUAUUAUCCACUAUGCGACUACAUUAAGACAUUGUUCGACAAACCCAAUGGAAAGGAAGACAGGAGACAGUAUUCAGAAAUCCAUUCAUCUGACCUAAAACUGGAAGCCCAUCCGAAAGCAUUCUCCGCCUGGGAACUUGAGUCGGUACUUGACUACGUUUGUUCAAGAUCCCAUGACGUCCUCACUAGCAUCUUAGGUCACGGUCAUUCCCACGGGCUUUACGCCUGCGAGUUCAACUUUAAUCCAACUAAAUUAUCUUACCCCUCAAACCCUGCCGGAUGCUUCGACAUGCUAGUAGACAUUUUUUCGAGAAUAUUCCAUCAAUUAUGCUUCACGUAUGAGCAGUGUCGUCACCCAACUACACUCGGCGGUUGGUCAGAUUGCCACUAUGGCAAGGGAGUUGGCGGGUCAGCGUGGAACUGCAACAAGACGCAAUGUGCCAACCAAGAGUGCAACCUAAGACCUAACCAAAAGGUAAACCAAAAUGGUAACCAAGGUGGUAACCAAUUGGUUACCCAAACAUGUGACCAGCACCCUAGCUGCGGUGUCAAAUCACCGCUACAAUCAUUCCUUGAAGACGGACUGCGGGGCUUCUUACCUCACACAUUUACCAAGCCAGGGUGCAAGCUGGAAUGUACCGUGUCCAAUCACAGAGGUCUUCCUUGUAAAACCCCUUUGGGAUUCGGCGAUCUUACUGUAAUGGCGUCACAUACGAAAACAGGUGCGUAUCUAAAAAGCGUUCUAAGAGAUUUUUGUGGCAGGCCAAAUACGCCCCUCGCUUUGUUCUGCUCUUAUGUGAGAUGCCUACUACCUAGGCCGCCGCAAACAUUAGAAGACAUGUUUGCACUCUACUACAAUUUGCUAAAUGGGUGGGACCUGUAUGGUAAAGAGCACAAGGAAACUGCAUUUAACGACGCAAUAGAUAAAGCGAAUUUCAAACGUCACUAUGAUGGCCUGAAAGUAUAUUCAUUAUUUUCUAGUAGUCACUCUACAAAAACGGCAGGCCAUUCUAACGGAGACCUCAUCAGUCUGGUUUGCACCUCGAAGUCUACCGCCAUGUGCGCGGCGUAUUUUCCAAAGAGCACGCCAGUAAUUACCUCUCGUGGAUAG